UCCUGACUGUAGAGUGAACGUAAACUUCCCGAAAUCAGCUGAAUUAACUCAGCCUGGCGACAGCCUCUUCAGCAACGAGAAGACUGCUUGAGUUACCGUCGGUGUGUCCGUCUGCCUGCCUCUCUCCUUCGCCCACAUUACUGAAAGUAGAAAGUCAGGACCAUGGCACCAAAGAGAAAAGCAGCUACUACUGCCAAGGCAAGUGGCAAGAAGGCUAAAGAGGAAACACCAAAGCCUAAGGAUGCCUUUACUACAGCAAAAGAGGCUCUUCUAGCUGCUGGACCCCAGGUCAAAGGCAAAAAGAAGGUGGAUGAGCAUUGUCACCUGUCAGGAUCUGGAGAGGUGCAUGAGGACUAUGACUGCAUGCUCAAUCAGACAAACAUUGGACACAACAACAAUAAGUUUUAUGUCAUUCAGGUUAUUAAAUCUGGCAAAACAUACUAUUCCUGGAACAGGUGGGGUAGAGUGGGGGAAGUUGGACAAAGUGCCCUUAAAAACUUUAGUAAACCUGAGGAUGCUGUGAAGGACUUUGAGAAAAAGUUCAAGGAUAAGACAAAGAACAACUGGAGUGAUCGCUCUAAUUUUGUGACACAUGCUGGGAAGUACACCCUGAUAGAGGUGGACGGAGAGGAGGAUGCUGAGGUCAAGGUAAAUGUCGACAGUGUGGAUGGAAAGACUCUGACUGUGAAAGGCAGCAAAAAUAUCCUGCCCUGCACCCUUGAUAAUGCCACAAAGGGCCUUGUUGAGCUCAUUUUCAGCAAUGACAUGUUCAAGGAAGCAAUGGAAUGUAUGAACCUAGACAUAAAGAAAAUGCCUUUGGGUAAGCUCAGUAAGCUGCAGAUUGCAAAGGGCUUUGAAGUGUUGGAGGAGAUCGAAGCAGCAAUGAACCGGAAAAGCAAAAGUGGAGUUUUAGAAGAACUCUCUUCAAAGUUCUUCACUAUAAUCCCUCACAACUUUGGCCGCAACAGACCCCCAACCAUCAAUGACAAAGAGAUUGUGGAGCAGAAGAAAGAGAUGCUUAUGGUGCUCGCUGACAUCGAGCUAGCACAGACUCUGAAGUCAGAGACUGAAAAGGCUCAGGAAGAGGUUGAGACGGUUCCUCACCCUCUGGACCAGGACUACAAUUCUCUGAAAUGCAUGCUCAAGUUGAUGGACAAGGACACAGAUAUCUUCAAGAUUAUAGAAAAAUACCUGAAAGCGACUUCAGAAAAUGGCUAUUACAAACCAAAGAUUCUCAAUGUUUGGGAAAUUGAUCGAGAGAAAGAGGGAGACCGAUUUGAUGAACAUGAUAAUCUAGAGAACCGCCGUCUGCUGUGGCACGGCACAAACAUAGCAGUGGUGGCAGCAAUCCUGAAGAGCGGUCUGAGGAUAAUGCCCCACUCAGGAGGUCGUGUUGGGCGUGGUAUCUAUUUUGCAUCUGAAAACAGCAAGUCAGCAGGUUAUGUACGAUGCUCUAAGAACACUGGGGUGAUGUUUUUGAGUGAGGUAGCCCUUGGCAAAGAAUCGACCAUCACCAGGGAUAACUCUUCUCUGAAAAAGGCUCCUGCAGGCUUUGACAGCGUGGUGGCACGAGGAUCAGUAGAACCAGAUCCUUCCAAGGACAUCUUCAUCACCCUGGAGGGUAAAAAAGUUGCUGUGCCGCAGGGAAAGCCCAUAGAGCAGCCCCAGUUCAAAGACAGCUACUUCAGCAACAGUGAAUAUCUUAUCUACAAGGAGAGUCAGUGUCGCCUUCGCUACCUGCUUGAGCUUAACAUGCACUAACUCACCUUGAGAAAAGAAGCAGACCCUUUAAAGGAAAAAUCUAACCACCCACUCUGCAUUAUGGGCUUCCUUAAAAGCUUUGCUAUUCUCAUGAUAACAUAUUCCUAUCAUUAUGCAUAAAUAGAUCAUACUUCCCUGUGCCUUAUAUUUUAACACUGUAAACUGGCCUGCCUCUGACAGACUGCACUUUAGUUGUGAUAUACAGGCAAACUCUAAACCCUUCUAAUUCCUUUUCCUACACAAUGAAGAGUUUUUAUUUCUUACUCAGUCUUCAUUUAAAAUGUCUAAAAUGCUUCCAGAUGUUUGCACCUUUUCUUCAUUGAUUUAUGCUCUGUGUGUUUUAAUUUGCUGCCAUGUUCUGGUUUGAGUAGAUCGCCUUUUAGAUAUUGCACCUUUUUAAUCUAAGUCAAUAUUGUUAUAUAAACAUGUUCCCUGGGAAGAAAAUACCAUAAAGGAAGAAUUUCCUGCACGCCUUUGUUCAGUAAUACUGUGUAUUGGAGGAUAUAUGAAGCAGAUACUCUAUGCACAGACUUGUUUAUAGAAAAGGGAGUAAGGUGCAAUUUUGUGUUUGAUGCUUGAGCACUGGUAAAAAGAAAUGUGAUAUUUGGUUGAGCUGUAAUUAGCAGUGUAAAGUAAGGUAUCAUGUACACCAGGAAGAGGCUGUGCACAGACUUGCCCAGCAGGUCAACAAGCUGCAUUUUCAAAUGUCACCACAUGGGGUCAGGGAUGAGCGAUAUCUGUUGAAAUGUAAUGACCUUGGCAGAUUUGCACUAAGAUUAUACUUGAAUCAAUCAAAAUUAAUAAACUAAAGUGCCC